AUGAGCUACGAGAAGCUUAACAACGAGCCAAUGAACCACUUAGAGUCUGAGCGGUUUGAAAUGAGCGCCAAUCCUAAUGACUGGGGUGCACGGAACUGGCAAAACGAGGAAGACGACUAUCUGCACAACCCAACUUCCAGGGAUGGUGCUAAGGCUUCAACUGGCUCCAUUUUCACCAUCAGAGGAUUAAUCAACUUGGGCCUUUUGUCUGUCCUUGUAGCAGCCCUUUUGAUGCUUUUCGCUGGUUAUCCUAUUUACGACGAGUUCAAGCCUCAUCCCUCUACCAGUAGUAACUACGCAAAGUUCAAUUCUACUGGCCAGGUCGAAUGGACUAAGCCAAAUAGACAUUUGAUUGACCCAGACACUCCCAAAGAUGUGUACACUAUUCAAGGCUUUGGUAACGACACCCGCGAAUACCAGCUCGUCUUCUCGGAUGAGUUUGAACAAGACGGCAGAACCUUUGCCGAGGGUGAAGAUCCUUACUUCGAAGCUCAAGAUUUACACUAUUGGGGUACCGAUAACCUCGAGUGGUAUUCACCUCGUCAAGCAACCACGAAUGAUGGCAAUCUCGUGCUCACUCUCAGUGAAAGUGGCCCAUUUACCGACAAUCUCACCACUCACGGACUCGACUAUGCUGGUGCCAUGGUACACUCCUGGAACAAAUUUUGUUUUACGGGUGGUUACGUCUCUGCUAGAAUUAUGUUGCCAGGAUACUCCGAUGUAUGGGGUCUUUGGCCAGCAUUCUGGACCAUGGCCAACAUAGGCAGAGCGGGCUAUGGUGCCUCCCUUGAGGGCAUGUGGCCAUAUUCAUAUGACAGCUGUGACGUUGGUACCUUGCAAAAUCAGACCUUGGGCGAUUAUCCCGAUGCGUCUUACAAGAAAGGUGCCACGAAUUAUAAUGAUAAGGUGGUUUCGCUUUCAUAUUCGAAUCCGCAACGGCUUUCGCGCUGCACUUGUGAAAACGAAGACCACCCUGGUCCCAAACAUGAAGAUGGAACUUGGAAGGGUCGUGCUGCCUACGAGGUCGAUAUUGUUGAAGCGCAAGUUAGUAACUUCAAUGCGAAUGAUCAAGACGGUGGUACUGGUACCGCUUCUAUGUCAGGACAAUGGUGUCCAUUCAAUGUAAAUUACGAAUGGGACUUCAACAUUACGUUUAUUCAUUACAAUGAGACACUCUCACCAGACGAUCAUUUUGACAGGAUCAAUUCUUAUCAAGGUGGUAAUCAGCAAAUGAGUACCAGUGUUGUUGUCAAGACGGAUCAGAACGCAUAUGAAUUAUCAGGUGGUGAAUUUAGUAAUUACGGUGUUCAGAUCAAUACUGGAACUGGGCCUGAUGCAAAUAUCGGGUGGACAGUUGACGACGAACUUCGUUGGAUGGUAUAUGGUGAUGCAGUUGGCCCAGAUCCAGAAGCAGCUAUAUCCGAGAGAAUUAUCAUGGAUGAGCCACUCUACAUCAUCUUCAACUUGGCUAUAUCCGAAAACUUUGAUCAGAUCUCUGAGAGAAUUUUUGCCGAGCAAAACCAUUACGUCAUGAAGGUUGAUUGGGUUAGAGUGUACCAACCAGAGAAUGAUAUAAAGAUUGGAUGUGAUCCUCCAGAAAUGCCAACAGCAGCAUACAUCCAUAACCACCCUCAUGCUUACUCCGAUAAAAAUCUUACAACUUGGAAACAAUACAUGGAUCAAUAUCCAGAUGAGGCCGGACCUGUGAAAAAUGCACUGAUGCAUCAAGAUGACGAGGACUGUCAAAUGGCGCUCAAUUUAGCCUAUGAGACGGACCCAAAUCUCAGGGGAAAAAAGGAAACCGAUGAAAAGAAGCUCAAUAUGUGGAACUAG